CACAUCAGAUGACAUUGACGUCAGUGCAAAUUAGAAUAAGCUGCCAAAUAUAAGGUACUCAUUGUUUACAAAAAGUGAAAAAAACACCAACCAUUUUCAUAACGUUUCGAUGUUUCUGUAAAUUAUACAACAUCUGGAAGAAAUUUCCGAGCUUAAAUAAAUGCGGCAAAUAAUUAAAUAAACUUAAAAAGGGAGUCUUAGUAUUUCCAGCUAUCAAGUUGAAAAUGAGUGAAAACAAGUCGGAAGACUCCGAGAACACAUCGGGAUCAGCAAAACUUGGCAGCUAUUUUGACAGCAGUACUCCUACUAUUUUUGAUGAGAUAGUUUCUUCAAAUAAAACAGACAUCUUUGGAACAAACGCGCCUUCAAAAUUCAACAUGCCGCCUGGCACUCCCAGUGGAAAUAUUUUUGAGAAUGAUUCUUCGUUUGACGAUCAGUCAAGUGAACAUUCAUCAGUAAGCGAUGCACAUCGUGAUGCGUGGAUUCCAUCGGAGAAUACGCGCAAAAUUCUACGUUCCCUUGCCACUUCUGGGAAUCAAAUUGACAGGGAAAACUUGACGAUGCCUGGAAUUUCUACAGCUGAGGAUUUGAUUGAUCCCAUAAGAGAGGCCACGUUGCACUUUCUUGGAGAGGACGAAACUAUCAAUAGAACCGUACCAGUGUUGUCCGAAGUGACACAGGAUGAAACUGGUCUGAGAAGCUUAAUCAAAGAAGGAUGCUACAGGGCAGCUGUUAACUUGUGCGGAAGACUACUGGCAGUCUAUGGCCAGGGUUAUGGCAAAAUAAACCACCCAAGCAAGCACACGCCACAUUCCCUGCAAUUGUGGUUUACAAGGCUGGCUUUGUUGACAAAAUUAAGGCAAACAACAAUUCUAGAAGUGGAAGCAGCGCCAUUUCUUAAUUUAGACAAGCCCGACAUGUACUUUAUAUUUUAUCCAGAGCUGUAUGGCUCUAGAUCCGGCUCGAUGGCUUCUUUUUCCUUUAGACUACUACUAGCUGAAAUUCCUGCUCAUUGCGGCAAAGGAAAGCGCUCAAUUGAUUGUUUGUACGCUAUUCUUUACACAAUUAUUAAAAUUAUAAGGAACCUUGAAAGUGGCCUUUCAGAGGAAGGUGGAAUUGCAAAAUUCAAUUUGGAGGAAAGGGCAAAUUCUCUUCAACUUUGGAAAGGACGAAAGUCAAGGACCCUAAUCUCUAUCAUUAAUUGCGCUCUCUCUAUUAAAAAUUACAUUCUAGCUACAGAAGUAUUGGAACAGUUACUAAGUUCCGAGUGGAAAAAGAACCAGGCGGAGAUCCUCAAUUCCGCAAUCGGCAGUAUAUAUCUGUCCCUUGGCGAUGUAUCCGCAGCCGGAAAAAAGUUUGGUAUUGUACAGGCGGAUACCCUAAAGUCCGAACAUCUGAAGGAACUCAUUGACAGAGGUUUAACGGCGGUAGCUCAGAACGCGUUUCAAGAAGCCCUAAACUGCUUCAAAGCGGCUUUAGAUCUGGACCGCUCGAACAUUAUGCUGCAAAAUAACAUAGCCGUUUGUUUGCUCUAUACAGGAAAACUCGAAGCUGCGGUAGAAUUGAUGGAAAAUAUGGUAACUGUACAGAAUCCUAUCAAAAGCUUGCAAGAAGCUAUACUUUUGAACAUGUGCACUCUGUACGAACUACAUACCACUCACAGUAAGCAAUCGAAAAUGCAUUUACUUAGACAAUUGAAUAAGUAUAAUGGUGACGCCACGAAUAUUCAGUGUUUAAAGCUCACCAUGUAAAUAUUUUAAAAUAAGUUGUAUCGUCAACUCUCUUCACUUGAAUGUUGUUUAAUUAGAAUAUAAUUUUUUUUAAAUUGUACAUAUGUAUAGGUUUCAUCA